GCUGUUCCUGAACGCACCGUGGAACUGACGGUUGAGAGAGAGGUGCGGAGGAGUUGAUAGCGCCUCCCCGAUGAGGAUCAUCGCUUCGCGGUUUUGAAAAGCAACGUAAAAAAUGGCUCGAUUUCCUCUUUAAAUCCCCAAAUUUCUGCGUCCGCCGCCUUUUUUCUAAAGCCGGAAGCAGGCAAGAAGCGGGGACCUCCUGCCGGUCUUCUCCGAGCGGAGGUGGAAACGCGAACAGGCCUCGGGAGGACGCCGUUUGCGUCCGAACUGUUCCGACCGGCUCCGUAGCAUGCGGGACACGACCCGGGACUCGACGACUCGUUCCCCGGCGGGGCCUCUUCGUCACCGGCCCGGACUCUCGAGGGAGCUCCGGGCAUGCGGGAGCGCGAACGCCUAGCCACCGUCGAGCUAACUACCAGGCGGAGCGGACGGAAAGCAACUUUUUUUGGUCUUCGCUCUCCGGGUUUUUCAAAGUGGCCAUAUCGGGGAGGACUAUGAACGCUCGGAUAGUCUAGACGCCGUUUUGUGUCGUCGUUCGGUCCCCGACUUUAGGGGGGAAAGAGGCCCCGUUGCAGCUAAUCCUUUAGCCGCUCUGAGUUAGCUAGCCAAGAUGAAGGAGUACAAAGUGGUGGUUCUGGGCAGCGGCGGCGUUGGAAAAUCCGCGCUGACCGUCCAGUUCGUUACGGGAACCUUCAUCGAGAAGUACGACCCCACCAUAGAGGACUUUUACAGGAAGGAAAUCGAGGUGGACUCGUCGCCGUCAGUGCUGGAGAUACUGGACACGGCCGGAACCGAGCAGUUCGCCUCUAUGCGGGACUUGUACAUCAAGAACGGACAGGGCUUUAUCCUGGUCUACAGUCUGGUUAACCAGCAGUCUUUUCAGGACAUCCGGCCCAUGCGAGACCAAAUAGUGCGCGUGAAGCGUUUCGAGAAGGUGCCGCUGAUCCUGGUGGGGAACAAAGUGGACCUGGAGUCGGAGCGCGAGGUGGCGGGUUCGGACGGCCGCGCCUUAGCCCAGGAGUGGGGCUGCCCCUUCAUCGAGACCUCGGCCAAAAGCAAGACCAUGGUGGACGAGCUCUUCGCCGAGAUCGUGCGCCAGAUGAACUACUCUUCGCUGCCCGAGAAGCAGGAGCAGUGCUGCACGGCCUGCGUGGUCCAGUGAAGCCCAGAUGCAGUUUUUUUCCCAUUUCUGGAGAAGAAGAGAGGACGCUUACGGGGCGCCGUCACGGCUAACUUUCGGAGCUUCCCGGGCGCCUCGACGCUCAUCCGCCGACCGAGACGCGGCUCCUAUUUUUCAUAUCCCGCUCACGGGACGUUGACGCCGCCCAGGAAAGUUGCACGAAAAGACAUAAACGCGGAGCGGACUACUCUUGAAUUUCAGUCUUUUUUUUUUUUUUUUUUUUUGGUGAGGCCGCAGCGCUGUUUUUAAAGCUGCUUUCAAUCACACUUUUAUCAAUGGUAUUACUUCAUAUACGGAAAGCCAUUCGCUAAUGCGCCCGCUUGUGCUACGAGUGAAGAAAAUAUAUUUCAUCAUACAAAAACAUUUUGGCUUUUAAGCACGCACACUAGGGUCGGGAACCUCUGGGUAGCUAACGAUACGAAAUAAAUCCUUCCCACUUCAAACAAAUUGAACGUCAGUGGCAGCCAAUGAGUUCAUUUUCAAGGCAUUUUACGUCAUUUCCUGUUGAUUUUCGGUCACUUCCUUUGCGAGUCACUUCCUGUUGAUUUUGGGUUGCUGAAAAAAGGAAGUGACGGGAAGGUCCCCAAAUGAAUAGGAAGUGAUUCAAAAUCAAACUGAAGUGUAAAUUAAUAGGAAGGGACCCUGAAAUGCCUCCAAAUCAACUAGUGACCUGACAUCAACAGAAAGUGACCCUGACAUGCCGCCAAAUUAAAAGGGAGGGACCCGAUAUCAACAGGAAGUGACCCCGACAUGUUGCCGAAUUAACAGGAAGUGACCCAAUCUCAACAGGAAGUGACCCUGACAUGUUGCCGAAUUAAAAGGAAGCGACCUGACAUGCCCCCAAAUCAACAGGAAGUGACCCGAUAUCAACAGGAAGUGGCAUCAAAAUGGCCCUAGAUCAAUAGGAAGUGACCCGAAAUCAAAAGGAACUGGCCCUAAAAUGCCUCCAAAUCAAAAAGUGACCUGAUAUCAACAGGAAGUGACCCUGACAUGUUGCCGAAUUAACAGGAAGUGACCCAGUAUCAACAGGAAGUGACCUGACAUGCCCUCAAAUCAACAGGAAGUGACCUAAUAUUAAUAGAGUGACCCUGACAUGUUGCCAAAUUAACAGGAAGUGACCCGAUAUCAACAGGAAGUGGCAUCAAAAUGGCCCGAGAUCAAUAGGAAGUGACCCGAAAUCAAAAGGAACUGACCCUAAAAUGCCUCUAAAUCAAGAAGUGACCUGAUAUCAACAGGAAGUGACCCUGACAUGUUGCCAAAUUAACAGGAAGUGACCUGAAAUGCCCCCAAAUCAACAGCAAGUGACCCAAUAAUGACAGGAAGUGACCCCGAAAUGCCCCCAAAUCAACAGCAAGUGACCCGAUAUCAACAGGAAGUGGCAUCAAAAUGGCCCUAGAUCAAUAGGAAUUGACCCGAAAUGAAAAGGAACUGUCCCUAAAAUGCCUCCAAAUCAAGAAGUGACCUAAUAUCAACAGGAAGUGACCUUGACAUGUUGCCGAAUUUACUGGAAGUGACCCAAUAUCAACAGGAAGUGACCUGAUAUCAAUAGAAAGUGACCCUGACAUGUUGCCGAAUUAACAGGAAGUGACCUGAUAUCAAAAGAAAGUGACACUGACAUGUUGCCGAAUUAACAGGAAGCGACCUGACAUGCCCCGAAAUCAACAGGAAGUGACCCGAAAUCAACCACAAGUGAUCUGAUCUCAACAGGAAGUGGCAUUGAAAUGGCCCUUAAUCAACAUGAAGUGACCCAAAAUCAACAGGAAGUGACCCUGAAAUCAACAAAUGACCUUAUAUCGACAGGAAGUGACCAAAUAUAAACGGUAAGCGAUGGCGAAAUACCUCCAAAUCAACAGGAAGUGACCUGAUAUCACUAGAAAGUGACCCUGAGAUGUUUCCGAAUCAACAGGAAGUGGCAAUGAAGUGCACCUAAAAUCGACAGGAAGUGACCCGAUAUUAACAGGCAGCAGCAUCGAAAUGGCCCUAGAUCAAUGUGAAGUGACCCCAAAUCAACAGGAAGUGACCCCAAAUUGACAGGAAGUGACCCUGGAUGUCAUUUGCUGUUGAUUUUUUGGUUAUUUCCUUUAUUUUUUUUGCUGUUUCAGCGCCAUUGACGGCGCUAGAUGUCCAAUCCAGUCAAAUUGAAUUAGAUGUCUCGUGCGGUCAAUAGCAGCUAGUGAGCUAGCAUAGAUGCUAUUUAACAGAACAUUUUAGUAAGCAACUUUAUUUUUUUUUUUAAUAGUGACACCUUCUUAAAAAAGAUGUAUCAAGUCUUGGCGGGAGCAUCUUGAUAACUUUUUUUGGCUACAAAGUAUCGUGAUGCAUCACCUUUUCGUAUAUCGUCACACCCCUAAUCUGCAUGCUUAAAAUGAAAUUUGGAUUUUUUUUUUUUCACACGGGCGCACGGCGGGAGGACCAAAAGUUCUCUUCAUUUCAAUAUUUGUCGUUCUAUAACGUGUUAAGCUGAUUUAACGUUGCUUUCUGUAUUUUUUUAAUACUAUAUUUAUUAAAAACUCAUGUGAGUA